AAUCUGGGCGAAAUCAAGUCUUGGGCCGCGCAGGCAGGAGCUCCCGGUCGCUAAAAUAGCGUCACCCCCCCCCCCCCCCCCCAGCACCUGCUGUCAGUGGUUUCGAGGGCGCUGGAGCAGGCCCGUCUUAAGUGGCUUUUCGGUGGUUUCUGCCUCAGCUCGUCCUGGCCGUGCGGGCUGACAUUCUCCUUCCCAGGUGUUUCGCGUAGGGCGAGUGUUUUGGGGAGGUAGCACCGAAAAGCCCCCCACAGCCCGCAGAGGCCGGGAGCAGAAUGAGCGUGGUGUAGGCCGUGGUGCUUGCGCUGUGCGGUUCUGAGCAACCUCCCUCAUUUUUUACUGGUGUUUGGUGUCGGCAGCGUUAACCUCCCCUGGGGAAGCGGCGUGCAGCCUAUGGAGCCACGAGGGAUUGUCAAAGCCUUUCCCAAGAGGAAGAAGAUGAGGGAUGACAUGGGCAAAAGCAUCCCGCCAAAGAUCCCAAAAGAGGAAGGAGCAGGGGAGCCUGAGGAGUGGCUGAAACCAGUUACUGCCUAUGUGUUGCGAGCUGGUAUUGGCCAAGCCAGGGCAGAGAUCUUCCACAAGCAAAUUGCCCAAAAUGGGGGUCGGGUCCGCGACCAGCUGUGCUCGGAGGUGACGCAUAUCAUCGUGGCUGAAGACAUGGACUGUGAUCGGGCCUUUCGGCUCCUUAAAUUACCUAAGGUACCUUCAGGGUUGCAGCUAGUGAAGGCAUCCUGGCUGAGUGCUUGCAUUAGAGACCAGAAGCUGCUGAGUACCACUGGCUACAGCAUCUUUAUCCCUUGCAGGUGCCUGGAGGAGGAACUGCAGAAGCAGCAGCAGCAGAAGCUCCUGGCUACCAAAGAGAUCCAGCCCCAGGCAAGGGAGGGAGCUGUGAAACCAAAGGCUGAAGCACACUUGGAGGAUUCCUUGCCGCAAACCCUGGGCAUCCUUGGACAUCAGCAGCCAGCUGAGAAAGUCUCUGAUGAUGAAGACAGUGAAGGAGAAGACACUGGUGUCACCCAGGGAGAUCUGGAAGCACUGAUUUCUGGCUGCUACCCUCUGAAAUCAUUGGAGGAGACUAGUGACAGUUCUUCCACAGUGGCCCAGCCUGUCAGCAAGUGGGUUUGUGCUCAGUCCUCCAAGAGCAAGAAGGAGAAUCACAACCAGUGUAUCACGGAGAAGCUGGAAGUGCUGGCAAAGGCCUAUUCUGUCCAGGGCGACAAGUGGAGAUCUCUGGGCUACUCCAAAGCCAUCAAUGCGCUCAAGAGCUACCACAAACCAGUCACCUCCUACCAGGAAGCCUGUAAAAUUCCUGGGAUUGGGAAGCGGAUGGCAGAGAAGAUUUUGGAGAUCUUGGAGAGUGGGCAUCUGCGCAAGCUGGAUCACAUCAGUGAGAACGUGCCCGUGCUGGAGUUGUUCUCCAACAUUUGGGGAGCAGGGGUCAAGACAGCCCAGAUGUGGUACCAGCAGGGUUUCCGGACACUGGAUGAUAUCCGCAGCAAGGCAUCUCUCACCAGCCAGCAAGCCGUGGGCCUGAAGCACUACGCAGAUUUCCUGGAGCGCAUGCCUCGAGAGGAAGCUGCCGAAAUAGAAGAGACUGUCAGACAAGCAGCCCGGGCCCUGAACCCUGGGCUUGUGUGUGUGGCAUGUGGCUCCUACCGUCGGGGGAAGCCCACCUGCGGAGACGUGGAUGUGCUGGUCACUCACCCCGAUGGGCAGUCUCACCGUGGGGUGUUCAGCAAGCUGCUCGACAGCCUCCGCAGGAGUGGCUUCCUCACAGACGACUUGGUGAGCCAGGAGGACAACGGCGAUCAAAAGAAGUACUUGGGGGUGUGUCGUCUCCCCGGGCCAGCCCAGCGUCAUCGGCGCCUGGACAUCAUCGUGGUGCCUUACAGCGAGUUCGCCUGUGCCCUGCUCUACUUCACCGGCUCGGCUCACUUCAACCGCUCCAUGCGGGCCCUGGCCAAGACCAAGGGCAUGAGUCUGUCGGAGCAUGCCCUCAGCUCAGCCGUGGUGCGAGGCCGUGGCGGUGUCAAGGUGGGGUCUGGCCAUAUCCUGCCUACCCCUACUGAAAGAGAUGUCUUUGUUCAGCUGGGGCUGCCUUACCGGGAGCCCUCAGAACGGGACUGGUGACGCACUGUUGUCACCCAGCACCCUGUGCCUGCUGCAGUGCCACUGUUUUGAAGGAUGCUGACUCCCCCAGUGCUGCACUGUGUUAGCUGCUGGUUGUUUCCCCCCAAAAAUGGGCUCCGUGCUAGUGCGGAGCCUUGCUGCUAGCAGAGCUUUGUGACUUUACCCAGCAGAGGGCGUGGGCUGGCACCAUGCUGGAAGUGCUGCCUGAUGCUAUGUGCAUGCUUUGGGGGCCCAGCUCUCAGGCAGAGCCUGGCUACCAAAGGGACUUGCUGCCCUUCAGCUACCCGAGCGCGGCUCUCCCAUGUAUCCCCGGGGAAGCCUCUAAAGGUUGGGCUGGAAAGCCUUGAGAUCUAACCCCUCUCAAUGCAUGGGAACGGAGAAAGUGGGAUGCAUCUCUCUCUGUGCCUGAAUGUAGACACCAGAAAAUCUCUGGCCUGAGCCACAUAUAAAGGCAGCAGGGGUCUGGCCUGGUCUUGAAACAGGCCUUUCCCCUUCUCAGUGUUGCUGGCAGCUGCUACUAUAAGGAUUGCAAAGCCUCCCCCAUGCUGCCACUGUGUCCUCCCUGCAUCUAAGCUGGCUUGUGUCCUCUGGUGGGUCUCACUGCAUGGACUGGGCUGCUGUGACUGCCACCAGCCUCCCCUGGUGCUAGGUAAGGCUUGGGGGAGGCGUAGGGCCUUGUUGUGCUGUGCCUGCUUGUUCUCAGCCCAGCUGGGCAUCUCCAGAGAGCUGUGAUCCCCCUGUCUAGGCCCAAGGCCUGUGCAGUUGCCCCUUUCCUCUCAGCGCAGGAGGGCACGUGUGAACCUUGUGGCUCAGGACAGCGGUGCUCAGGAAGGGUUUGAAUGUAACGGCACUGAGUGUAGGCAGGGGGGGCUGUGCGUUUUGUGUGUAUGAGGCAUGGAGGCAACGGGAGGCCGAGAUGAGCAUGAGAAGAUGGUUCUCGUUUGGGCAAAGUUUACCUGUUUUGUACGUGUGAAGGCCAGCGAGUCACCCGUUCUUUGUUCAUCAGAGGAGUGUGUGUGCGUCUGCGUGCGUGUGUGUGCAUAAAUGUACAUGUGUGCUAACCCCUUUGAUUCCAAGGGAGUGAAUAUUAUUCCUCAGAAAACCUCAGCUAUUUUUUAUAUUCUGGAGAUGAAUUUCCUAGAUAGAUGUUUUCAGUGCUCAGCCUUUGUUACCGGUAUUGCAGUGGUUCUUCCUGGCGGAGGUGCUGCUCUGAGACAUCAGGCAAAGGGUGGGUGUUUCUGUGGUGGGACUGCAGGGCUCCUGCUGGCCUGUUUCCACCAGGGCCUGGCAUGGCCUCCUGCUCCCUUGUCUUGUGGGGCACCUGGCCACAGCUGCUCUGUACUCUGCUGUGUCUGUCACACGCAGUGAUAAGCUGUGAGUUUGUUGCCAGGGCAUGCGUGAGUGCAUGAAACCUGGCGGUUUUGCUCAUUUUCCCUCUGCACUGUCGGUUGUGGCUGUUGGGCACCAGCAGUGGGGCCAGGGUGUUUGCUGCGGAGGCCUCGACCCCAGGCAGUGCCUUUUGUCAGCCCAACCGCUCUCCCAAAUACCUGAUGGAAAUGAAUGUCCUUUGGCAUGUCUUGGUGCUUUGAAAAUGGAAGUAUAAUAAAUUCCUUAUCUUUUUAUCCCUGA